AGGAACAUCCACAUGCAUUCACAAGCAGAGCAGCACCCUCUCAACAACACGGAGGCCUUGCUUCUUCCCCCCUAUGAUAUUGAGAGCCGCCUCUAAGACUCUUCUAUUUACCCACGAAAGCCCGUCCCAACUGCAUCCCUUCUUCUUCUUCUUCUUCCAGAAAACCCACCAUCAUGUCAGCUUCAGAUCAGAGUUCCAGCGCCGGGCCUGGCCGACCCAAAUUGGUGGCCAAGAAGGUCGUGGCCAAGCCCCAGCGCGAGGGGGAUGGCGCCGUUGUUAGAAGAAGCGUUGGAAGGUCCGAGUUGAAGUAUUUGGAUCCAUUCCUCUUGUUGGACGAGUUCGCAGUUUCACCCCCUGCUGGAUUCCCAGAUCAUCCUCACAGAGGAUUCGAGACGGUCACUUACAUGUUGCAGGGGGCUUUCACUCAUCAAGAUUUUGCAGGGCAUAAGGGUACCAUCCGAACUGGUGAUGUGCAGUGGAUGACAGCAGGCAGAGGGAUCAUUCAUUCAGAAAUGCCUGCAGGAGAAGGAACUCAAAGGGGCUUGCAGCUAUGGAUCAACCUGGCCUCCAGGGAUAAAAUGAUUGAACCGAGGUAUCAAGAGUUGCUCUGUGAGGACAUCCCAAGGGCAGAAGAGGACGGUGUUGAGGUGAGGGUUAUUGCAGGGGAAGCCAUGGGAGUGCGAUCUCCGGUUUACACAAGAACCCCCACAAUGUACCUCGAUUUCUCGAUGCAACCAGGUGCCGUCCUACACCAAAGCAUCCCUCAAUCUUGGAACUCGUUCGCGUAUAUAAUCGAGGGGGAAGGUGUCUUUGGCUCGAUCAACUCCUCUCCUGUCUCGGCUCACCACAUCCUCGUGUUGGGUCCCGGGGAUGGUCUGAGCGUGUGGAACAAGUCUUCAACGCCGGUCAGAUUUGUGUUGAUCGGAGGAGAGCCCCUGAACGAGCCGUUGGCCCAGCACGGGCCCUUUGUGAUGAACACACAAGCCGAAAUCGAGCAGACUGUUGAAGACUACCAUUAUUGCAAGAAUGGCUUUGAGAUGGCUAGGUAUUGGAGAUCUCAAUCAUAGAAGGGCACCCCAUCUUCUUCAUCCGUCACUGUCAUCCUCCAACCACAGUAGCAGCAGCUGUAAAUGAUGAUUUGGCAAUCAUGGAAUCAAUCAAAAGUAGCUUCUAGAAGCUCCCAAAGCUUGCAGAUGCAACUAAUGGGUUUUUAAUUUAGUUUCUUCUUCUUCUUGUUGUCAACCAGAGCCAUGAUGGAUCAGCAAAUCUUGGCUGAUCUUUCUUGCUAAAGUCAUUGUUUGUUUGCCCAUCUGGUGACACUUCACUAUUGAGAAGAUGAAUCAAUGGAUUCCUUGGAUUUGUUUUGACAA